AGACUAACACUCAGUGCGUGCUCGAACGCACGCGGGGAAGGUGGGUUUUCUGAGAGAAGGAGCAGGUGUGCAUUAGAUCGUGCUGCAACGAAGCUUCUAUUUCGAGGGAAGGACAUCGUUCCAAGGAGGCAGCGUCAACCUAUAUGGUGUGUCACGACACUAUGCAAGCACCGUCUCAUUCGAUCCGAUGACGCAGUCAAUGUCGUGAGUAGAGCAAGUGUGUCAAUGUGUCAGGUACCUCGUUUUAAAGUUAUAGGAAAACGUCACUAACGAGUGGGAUACGUAUUUACGGUUACUGAGUUAAACCACGAUCGCACGCUUUGUUUCGCUUGUCAGUGACCUGAAGUGGAGCAUGGGAGGAAUACAAGCAGCGAGCAGCAUUUUUGUUUGUUUGAUGAAGUGAUGCGUGUCAUCCGCUGCACAUAGGUUUGAAAAGCACAGUACUCUUGCUAGCGGCGCGGGCGCUUGCAACCGCACUUGUAUCACUGUUUCACCCGAGCACCGCCGCGCGCUACGGCUCUGCGCAGAGUGACCUAUUGUGACGUGUGUCCGCUAUGUGAGGAGCAGCUGAUCGGAGGACACCAUCAUCUCGUCUCCCGAUGGCUGUGAGUGCGGGCAGGUCGGCUUCGGCGGCGACGCGCGUGCUGCUGCUGGCGCUGUCGUGGAGCGGCGCCGUCUCUGGAGCCUCCGGUGGCGCUGCGGACUCGCUGGAGGACCCCACGUGGUCCCCUCUGGCCGUCGCGCACUGCCGAGCCACGUGUCUGCGACAGUUCUUGCCGACCAAUGGAAAGGAUUCUUCCUGCAAGCUGCACCGAGAUUGCUUCAUGUGUUGGGAGAACUGCGAGUUGCUGCAGUCUGAUUGGUCGGUCUGGGGCUCCAUGUGCUCCGAGCAGAGUGUCUGUUUCCCGGGCUGCCGGCAGGCGUGCCGCUUCUUCCGCGGCGGCCAGGGUGUGGGCGGCGGCUCGGGCCCGGCGCCGCCCCCGCAGCAGCAGACGCCGGUGGCGCAGACGCGCGCCUUGCCGCGGCUCGCCGUCGCCGGCCGCGACCUCUUCUGGCCCUGCCGGCUGCCCCGCAACGCCACCGGCCCCAGGGCCGCGCCGGGCGCCGCCAGGCUCGUCUACGUCGUCGUCUGGAGGCCCGACGACGCCUCCCACUGGCGGCAGGUCACGCAGACGGAGCAGUGCGGGGCGCGCGUGCCGUCAGCCUCCGGGUCGGCGCGCGUGCUGGCUGUAGACGCCGGCGGCCUCCGCACCGUGUACACCCCCGCCUGGGCCGCCCCCGCCGCCUCCCUGGGGCCCGUAGCCGCCCGCGACCUGGCCGGCGCCUCGAUGCGGCACCCCACCCCCGCAGGACCCAGCACCGCCACCGGGGACGGCAGCGUGUGGUCGGUCGAGGUGCUGUCGGUGAUCCACCAGGGAGUGCUGGUGAUCGCCGAGCUGUCGUGGCGAGCGCCAGACAAGGACCUGCUGGCCGCACGACGCGACGGGGGUUCCCCGCUCUACCUGGUCACGUGGGAGGUGGACGGCGGGGGAAUCACCGGGAACCUCUACACCGACUCCUCUUGCGUCACGCUCUCUCUCUGGCCUGACACUGUGUUUCACAUUCGGGUGGAGCUGAUGUGGCACUCGCGGUCGCUGUCGCACAGCGAGCCCCUGCGGCUGGACACGAGCGGCGUGAGCGCGCCCGCCGUGCGCCGCGAGCUGUCCGCCCCCGAGGCCGCCCCCGCGUCGGGCAGGCCCGCGCCACCCCCGCCACCCCCGCCGGCCCGCGGCCAGUGGCCGGCGCUGCCCUGGGCCUCGCUGUACGCUCUGGUGGCGCUUACGUUGCUGGCGCUCGUCACUCCCGCGCUCUACCUGCUGGCCGACUGCGCCUCCCGCGCCUGCAGGCGGACGUCCGCCCCCGCCGAUGACAAGUGGAGCCUCAUCGGCCACGAGGAGGCCGGCGUGCACACCACCGACCUGCCAGAUUCACGGCAGCACAUACUACAAGAGACGCUUCACGAAUCGAAGAGGCCACUCGAAGUGCAAGCUUGACUCCUCUGACCUCAACUCUGGUGAGGGCCGUCAGCUGGAAUUCAGCUGAGCUACUGAGGAGUGUGUGGAACCACGUCUAGUCAACUACUUCGAGCGUUUUCUCAUCAGUGGACGCCGAUAGAAUGGAAGGAUUCCUCCUGUACAUAUUACCAUAGGCUUCGUUUUAGUGAUUGUGUUGUGUGUAACCUUGUCAGACAGAAAAAAGACAAAAUACACCAUUGUAAAGUGAUUGUUAUGUGAGUGACUUGAAUGCUUUGCUUAUGAUUAGCAUGGACAGCCAAGAUAUAGAACAAAGUUUUCAGUGCUGAGCUGCAAUGUGCAAGUGUUCUUUCAAGGAAAAUUGUUCUACUGAUGUCGAUUGUAGAUAACUGGUAAUGCAAUGCGUGAGCUUAGCAAACUUUGUUUGUGAGAGGUGUUUCUUGUAUAAAUUGUAUAUCUAAUGAGAUUGACACUGUUUAUUAAUUGUUUUGUAUUACCUCUCGAAUGAGAACUAGAAGCAUGGUCACUGUUCCAAAACCUCACAAAUUACAUUGCAGAAUGAACAUUAUUCGCAGUUUUCCUGCUUACAGAGAGUAACAUUCACUUUCUGGACUCCUAGCAAAAUUCUUUUGCAUACUUUUGCUGUGUUAUCUUAUUAAUAAUGACUGUAAUCUUCUGAUUCCCUUAGUGUCAUUGUUAAAUGUAUGGUACUGAACACUGUCAUAAAAUCCUAUAACUUACAGUUAAUUUCUUACAGACAUGUAAUGCCUGAGAAAGAAAACAUAAGUGAACUGUUUUCUACAUGCUCUCUUCAAUAAAACUUUUUUACGAUAUUA